AUGGCAGCCGACAGACCCCUACACGUUGUUGCGUUGGUCUCCGGGGGGAAGGAUAGUUUCUACUCCAUUCUCCACUGUCUGGCGAAUGGGCACCGAGUCGUAGCUCUAGCUAACCUCCACCCGCCGCCUAGAGUCAGCAAUGCUAGUAAUAGUUGUAACUAUAUCAGAGAUGCCAAUAUUUCGGGAAGCACAGACAGAACUGAAGCUGAAGAGGUAACUGGGGCCGAUGCCGGCAGCACUACUACUGCUACCAUACGGAUCUCUCCCGGCGUGGAUCAACACCCCCAGCACUCUUCAUGCUCUACUUCAUGCUCGGCACCGGAAAUAGACCAUAGUGGCAACGAGGAAGAAGACGAGGCCGACUUGAAUAGUUUCAUGUACCAGACCGUGGGUCAUCAAGUUAUCCCAUUGUAUGCACAGGCCACGGGACUACCUCUAUUCCGCCGACCUAUCCUGGGAACAGCGGUGGACCACGGCAUAAGCUACCAGGACCCUGAUGGCCACCGCGAAGACGAGGAUGAGACAGAGUCACUCGUCCCGCUAUUGCGUGCUGUUCUCGAGGCCCACCCGGAUGUCAACGCCCUGUGUACAGGCGCUAUACUAUCGACAUACCAGCGAACUCGCGUCGAAUCCGUUGCUCUGAGACUCGGCCUAGUGCCGCUGGCCUAUCUGUGGCAAUUCCCCGAACUUCCAUUGUCCUUUGCUGCUACAGAUAGUCAAGCUGCAGGUACCGAUAAGAACGAUGACGCGCAGCUGCUCCGUGAUAUGGGAGCCGCAGGGCUGGAGGCCCGUAUUGUGAAGGUGGCUAGCGCUGGCUUGGGAGAAGAUUUCUUGUGGGAAAAUGUGGCAAGCGAGUCCGCCGUGUCCCGCAUCCGCCGCGCGCUCCGCCGCUUUGGGGGCGACGGAGGACGGGGUGCCGUCUUGGGAGAGGGCGGUGAGUUUGAGACGCUUAUUGUAGACGGCCCGUCGGUGCUGUUUAAGAGCCGGAUAGUAGUUGAUGAAGAUGACAAAAGAAUUGUACGUGAGGGUGGCGGAAGCGCUUGGCUAAGCAUUCGUAAGGCUAAAGUUGAGAUUAAGUCGGAUUUGGAUGCAUCAUCUCAGACAGAUAGUUACGGUGUUCGUAUCCCAGACUUGCUCGAUUCGGAAUUCAAGACUGUCCUCGAGUCGCUGCAUAACGAGGACAGGCUGGGGUAUGGUCAUAGCGGGUUAUCUCAGACAUUACUAUCACCUACAUCGAGCCUGUCUCGGUAUAAGCACACCGAGUCUAGUAGCAAUGACUGGUACUUUGUUGGAAAUUCGGGGGGCAUUGAAGAUCAGACAGCCAGGGUCGUUGACGAGGUUCGUCGACGGCUAGGCGAACAUACCUUACCGUCAACAGCAAUUGUCAGUUCCGUCAUCGUGUUACGGCGUAUGGGAGACUUUCCGACCGUUAACAAGCUCUACGGUGCCCUGUUCCGUGAACCAAACCCGCCUGCUCGAGUAACUAUCUCAUGUGGGGAUUUGAUGCUACCUCGAGGCGCCGACAUAGUUAUUCUUCUCACCGUUCAGCCUCAUUUGAAGCGAAAUGAAAGGCGUGGUUUGCACGUCCAGUCGCGGUCGUACUGGGCACCAGCCAACAUUGGCCCAUACAGCCAGGCGGUCGCGUAUCCCCUGCUUAGGAGCGACGAGGGUCAAAAUAACGAUGCCCAAAACUCAGAAGUGCCUCUUGCGGUGUCCAUCGCGGGCCAGAUACCCUUGGUACCCGCCUCCAUGACCCUGCCUCCGAUACGGAAGGGCGGUAGCAGUAGCCUCGCAUUACAAAUAACCCUAGCGCUGCAGCACCUCUGGCGUGUUGGCGGUGAGAUGCAGGUCCAAUGGUGGAGCGGCGCCGUGGCAUACUUCCCGCGCUCGGCCCUCCGUUCGGAAGCGAAACACAGUGCCCUGCUCGCUUCUGCGGCGUGGAAUGCAGCGCACGUGGCAUCCUCUAGUCUGUCGACAGACGCGAUAGAGGAGCCGGACCCGUGGGAUCGAAAGUAUAAUCCUGCGUAUAUGACAUACGGUAAUAGUAGUAAUGAUACCGCUUCGAGACCAAGUCUUCCUGAUUGGGAGGUCUUGAAGGAUUUCGACGCAGGUGCAGAUGCAGAUGCAGAUGCUGACGCUGAAGAUGGGAAGAUUCCCCACAAACCACUACCGUUUGUCUUCUCCGCUGAAGUCGAAGAGUUGCCGCGUUCGGCUGGUGUGGAGUGGCAUGCGCAUCUGGGAUUCGCGAAUAUAAACGCCGGAUCUAUCCGGUUGUAUACCGUUGGCGGUGGAGGGACCCCGGAAGAUCCCCUCUUGCACCACGUCGUUGUCGACUCCCCCUCAGGUGACGUGUUUGUUCAAACAGCGGCGGUUUACCGUGCAAUUGAAGGACCUAUCUCGGCUUUACCCCUCACUAAUGCGGUGGACUUUGAGAACAUAGUGGACCAUUAUGCAGCAGUUGUUAAGAAGUCUCUAUUCGAACUACUGGCAGGCUCAGAGCUUGAUGAUUCUACUGUCUUGCCAACACCGAAAUUUACCUAUGUCGACCCCGAAUCUUUUAAGUUUCCUGAGGAUAUGGGAGCUUGGUCAAGGAAGGGUGCGAUAAUACCUUGUAGGUCUCUAUGGAAUUCACAAGGUCAUCGCCUGAACAUGGUGUCUAUAUUCGAAAGUAGGUGGUCUAAAGUACGUUAG